AUGUCCUCGUCAGAGAAAUCCUCACGGAGCGGCAAGAACGCGCUGAAGCGUCUCACACACGAGAUCCAAGACCUUCAGACCUCACCGCCAGACAGCGUGCUACACUUGGGCCCAGCCAGCGACGAAGACCUUUUCCAAUGGGAGGCAGUGCUGCGAGGACCACGCGACUCUGCAUCGCCCUACCACGGCGGCCUGUGGCUUCUCUCCAUCUCUGUGCCACCCAACUAUCCCCUUGCCCCGCCGAAAGUCUCAUUCAUCACGCCGAUAUGCCACCCCAAUGUGCACUUCUCGACAGGCGAGAUCUGCUUGACGCUGCUGUCUGGCGAGCACUGGACUGCCGCUUAUAACCUCAGCACUACCGUUAGCGCUAUCCAGCAGCUGUUGACCUCUCCUGGCUUGGACAGUCCGCUGAACGUCGACAUUGCGAAUCUGUAUAGAGAGGGAGAUGCGAUCGGUGCAGAAGGUCUCGUGAGGUUCUGGACUGCUGAGAAAAGGUGGGCUGGCGAGGGAAAGGCUGGAUGGAUCAGUGAGCGGCGCCCUGGUACAGGUGGUAAGCUAGGAGAGCAGUAUUGA